UGGGUUUACACCUUUGUCAUACUUGACAAUAAUUAAUGCCUUAAAUGUCAGUAAUGUACAUAUUUCAAAACAUUGAAAUUUUGUGAUAAAAAAAUGCAAUAUUUAUGAUACUAAAAAUCCUCUUACUAUCGCUGUUUUGCUUAAAUUUAAAUACUGCGGAUGACCCGAAAUUCCAUACCCGCAUAAUUGGGGGCCACGCUUGCGGUGGAGAUAAAAGAAAAUAUGCGAUUGCUCUGACAAGUUUCUUUGGAAUGCCCAUAUGUAGUGCCAGUUUGAUUAGUCCAUUUUGGAUUCUGACUGCCGCUCAUUGCGAAAUGAGUUGUACUUGCUAUUAUGCCAGUCCAGCUUAUAUUAGAGAUAAAUACAUUGAUACUGAUGGUUGGUUACCUUGGAGCUGUCCCGUCGUGGCAGUAGACCAAAUUUACGGUCAUCCGGAUUAUCAGUACAGCAACAUAAUCAACGAUAUAGCACUAAUGAGGUUAUCUAAACCAAUAUACAAUAAUUCAGAGGUCGAUUACCUCCCGUUGCCUAUUUUGCAUCAAGAACACCUCACAGACAUAUGCGAAAAAGGUACUGCUGUAGGUUUUGGAAUAGCAAAAAAAAGAUCGCAUCUUCAGGCAAUGCACGUACAAUGUAUGGAUAUUGGAAUUUUACCCACAAGACAAUGUUUAACUAAAUUACCGGGUAAUUUAUUGGCAAAAGCGGAUAGUAAAAUUUGUAUAGAUUCUACUAGAAGUCAAGAUAUUUGCUACGGUGAUUCUGGAGGUCCUCUAAUCUGUAAUGACAUGCAGAUUGGAAUUGCGUCUUAUAUUGGUGAAAAACAGUGUGCUUCGGGUAAACCAGCCGUUUUUACAAGAGUAGACAGAUACUUGGAUUUUAUCACAUACACACUGAAUCAAGGAUCAAGAGUGUACUGUUUUAAAUUUUUAUUUCUACUAAGUAUAUUAAAUUAUAUUAUAUAUUUAUUAAUCAUUAUAUAAAUGUAAUUCCAAAGAAGUAAUAAUAAUUGAAUCAUA